CGAAGAAUUCGAAACGAAGAUGGUGUGACAUGGCGUAUGCAAUGGACACAGGGUGAGCAACCGUGGUGCAGGCAUAGAGCCAAAGACAACAUUCUUACAUGGCUGUUUUGGAUGGCCGUAGCUAUGGGUAUACUUUUCGCGAUUAUUGGUGUAUUCACUAUAUGUUGGGGCGUUAAGCAAGCUGAUCGCAGGAAACGAGGAAUUCCGCAAAAAGUUACAGGCGUACGUAAUCAUGAUACUGUCCCUCUAAAUCAUUACGAACAACCAAGAGAAAGUGAAAUGGGCCCAGAAUAUUCUGGAAUUUCUGCUGAACCUUCUGGUAGAGAGGCGCGUGGUGCUGGUAUCUCUGCUAUGGAAGUGACAGACCGUGGUGGUGGCAUUUCUGGAAUGGAAGUGCUGGAAAGAGAACCGAGAAGUCGAACGACUAUCAUGCGCCGAACAACGUGGGUAGAAAAACUAUCCUUUUAUGAAAGUUUGAGCAGAGAAAAGAACCUGUUUUUCAUAGGAUGUUUCCUACUCGCUUAUGAAAAUCUCUUUAUUGUCUUUAUAUUGUAA